AUGUGGUGGCUGCUGAGAACAAUGUACCUGCUCCAUAUAAUUGGAAAUAUAUUUUGUUUAUUCAAGCCAAAACCCAGAAAUCCUGAAGCCAAUAUGAAUGUUGGUGAGAUGAUUUCUUACUGGGGUUAUGUAUAUGAAGAGUAUGACGUGGUGACUGAAGAUGGUUACAUCAUCACAGUUUACAGAAUUCCACAUGGGAAGAACGAGUCUAGAAAUUUAGUUCCAAAGCCAGUAGUUUAUUUGCAUCAUGGGUGGACUCUAUCUGCUUCUAUUUGGAUUCUCAACCCUCCCAGCGGCAGCCUGGGCUUCCUUCUUGCAGAUGCUGGUUUUGACGUGUGGAUGGGGAACAGCAGGGGCAACACCUAUGCCAGGAAACAUGUGUACCUAGAUCCAGAUUCCAGAGAAUUCUGGGCUUUUAGUUAUGAUCAACAAAUAAAAUACGACAUUCCUGCCACCAUUGACUUCAUUAUAAACAAAACAGGACAGAAGCAUAUUUACUAUAUUGGCUACUCUGAGGGCACUCUUCUCGCCUUUGGGGCAUUUGCAACAAAUCCACAAUUGGCUCAGAAGAUCAAAAUAAAUUUUGCACUGGGUCCAGCUGCGACUGUUAAACACAUGUCAGGGCUUUUACGCCUGAUCGGAUACGUGAAAAAAACUCUGAGCAAGAUCCUCUUUGGUGAAAAAGACAUAUUUUCAAAUUCAGAUGUUAAAUAUUUUGUGCAGUUUUUGUGCCAACGUGAGAUAAUUGGAAGACUAUGUAAUUAUUUACUUACUCUGAUAUCUGGAUAUAACCCCCAAAAUUUAAAUGAGAGUCGUUUUGAUGUGUAUGCCGGACAGGCUCCUGUGGGGACUUCGGUUCAAAGCAUGCUUCAUUAUUCUCAGGCAAUCAGAACAGGAGAAUUCCAAGCCUAUGACUGGGGAAGUUCAUCUCUGAAUAUGCUGCACUACAGUCAGCCCACACCUCCGUUAUAUGAGGUAAAGAAGAUGAAGGUCCCAACUGCCAUGUGGAGUGGUGGACGAGAUCUUCUGGCAGAUCCAACAGACGUUAAAAAGUUGGAAGCCAACAUCUCCAAUCUCAUUUAUCAUAAGAAGAUUGCUGACUAUAGUCAUUUGGAUUUUGUGAUAGGUUUAAAUGCUCCCGAUGAAGUGUUUAAUGAAAUUGUUACAUUCAUCACUGAAGAUCAGUCAGGUUGA